AUGAAGAUGGAAAGUUCUCUUCUCAAAAUUCCAUCUCUCAAAAUCCUAAACGCUAAACUCACCAGCCGCACCUUCGCAACUGUUCGUCUCCGGUUCCGUUCUAUUUCAGUAUCAGCAUCGGCAGCUUCUUCUUCAGUUGUCACCGAAGCAGACGACCCGAAACUCGGACCUUCUUCUCUUGGGCACAUCACCAGACCCGAUUUCCCCAUUCUCCAUCAGGAGGUAAAUGGAUCAAAACUUGUGUACCUGGACAAUGCUGCAACCUCUCAGAAGCCUACUGCUGUAUUGAAGGCUUUGCAGACUUAUUAUGAAGCCUACAAUUCAAACGUACACCGUGGAAUUCAUUUCUUGAGUGCAAAGGCAACAGAUGAGUAUGAAUUAGCAAGAAAGAAGGUGGCUACUUUCAUUAAUGCAUUUGAGUCUAGAGAGAUUGUUUUUACAAAAAAUGCUACUGAAGCUAUCAACCUAGUGGCUUACUCUUGGGGACUUUCAAAUUUAAUGGCAGGAGAUGAGGUUGUACUUACAAUUGCUGAACAUCACAGUGCUGUUGUUCCUUGGCAAAUUGUAGCUCAAAAGACUGGUGCCAUUUUAAAGUUUGUGACUCUAGCUGACAAUGAAGUUCCAGAUACAGGGAAGUUAAGGGAGAUGCUUUCACGGAAAACAAAACUUGUAGUCGUUCACCAUGUCUCAAACACGCUUGGUUUUGGAUUUAGAAAGGUUGAAGAAAGGCUGUAG